AUGUCGAUGACAGCCGCAGCGCCCACAAACUGGCCCGCACAGCAAUCAGAGGACUCAACUAUCGUUUACACUACAGCACAAGUAGGUCUAGGGACUACCAACUAUAAACAAUCAUGGGAUAGCACACCCAGUGAACUGUAUGUGACGGGUGAACCCACGGGGGAACCAGAGACAACUACUGGCGCAGUCAGUAACCAAGAAACAUCGAGUGAACCAGAAACAACAAGUGAAACUAAACAACAGGUGAAACUGUCAGUGAACCAGAAACAGCAGGUGAAUCUGUUGGUGAACCAGAAACAACAGGUGAAACUGUCAGUGAACCAGAAACAACAGGUGAAACUGUCAGUGAACCAGAAACAACAGGUGAAACUGUCAGUGAACCAGAAACGACAGGCGGAGCAGCUAGUGAGCCAGAGACAGCAGAAUCAGAAACGUCAUCAGACCCUGAAGUCAAUCCAAUGGCUGAGCCUGAGGCCUCAAGCGCUGAACCGGAAAGUCGACAAGAAAGACCUUCAUAAACUAAGCGCCAAGGAGCUGAGCUUCAUCAAAGUGAAACCUACUGAAGAGUUCCUCAAUGAGUUUGACUAUGAGCAAAGAAAGUUUCAUAAUUAUUUUUUUUUAUCUUCCUCAGCAUGUUACCUAGCCCCAGCAGGUCUAGUGUAUGCCACGUCCUUUGGUUUCGCUUUCCAACAGGCUCUAAAUAAGCAACACGAUAUCCUCAAUCAGCUCGCCAAGGAGAUCGGCAAAAUUGACCACAUCGCCACCUUUGCGGCCAAAUUGACCACAGUCGGGAUUGUUGAUCGUCUCAAUAUCAUUAAGGCUGUCAAAGACGAGACGAUAUUCAUGGUGUUACAGAUCUUAGAAAGAGAACCGCAUACGUUCCACCAUACUUCGCCCAAAGACGUGAGAGUGUCUAUCUGGGAUAUACUGGACGUUCUUCGGAAGGUGGACACCUCUAAGGACAAUUGCGUGAACCGCAUCUUGUGCAAACACAUAGUGGAGGACAUCAAGGACCUCAACUCUAUCUGCUCUGACCGCAUCAGCAUCAUGCAUGCCAGAAUACAUCCGGUUAUGUGGCUUUUCCUGGAGACUCUGGGCUUUUUCAGUUUUCUUGGCAUUCUGUUGCUGACAGCUUUCUCGUACCGAAUGGAGCUGCUUAUGUGUAUCGUCACCGUCUUUUCCAUAUCGCUGCUUUGUUACGUUGUGUCCGACUUGGAUUCUCCCUUUUCUGGAUUUUUCCGAGUCAAUACGAAAGUGAUCGAAGACUUACUGAGUCGGCUAACUGCUAUGUAUGAAAUGGCAAAGCUUGGACAGGUGGAGAUUUUUUAUCCUAACGUUCGAGCCACGCACACGGGGAUAUAGCCAUUUGUUGCAAAGACGUUUUACCCAAAAAACGGCUCAAUUCAGAAACUGUUUGGGGGGGGGGGGGGCUGUUUUGUCCAAUCCUGUCAGGGCCAGUAAAGGUUGUGUUGGAAACGAUCGCAACAGACAAACGGAGAUACCCAACGCAUUCACUUCUCCUUGGAGGAUCGAAUUCACGACGUGUGCAAGCAGGGCGAAGGGAAGAACUCUACCUGUACGACACAGAUGCUGUUGAGAUAUAGUCAGGAAAUAAUGCUGAGCUGAAGUAAUCUGUGAACUGUUGUUUAAUACGUUUUUGUUCACACAAAGUCAUAUUAUUCACUUUUGUAAUUUACCUUCUCAGAUAAGCGUGUAUAGUAAUUGAUUAUAAUUAUGGAAAGUGUGUUCUUUCAGCUGCUUAUAAUGUCAUAUUCUUGCAGACAAACAAUGAUUUUCCUAACUUACAUAUUGAGAUCAUCAUAAUCCUGCUUUUUCCAUGUCAUUUUUUUCUGUUCUCUCAAUCAAAAACAGAAGCUGCUAAAACGUAUACUUAUUUACUUUUACUCUUUCAUCCUCUGUUGCUGUUAGUGUCGAGGGGAGAUGCAGUUUUCUAUGGUAGGCCAGCUCUGCAGCUCUCUCAAUUGAGAUAUUAUAAUUUCUAAUGGUUAUUUUGACUCCUUCAAUACAACUUUUGCGUGGCCUUCCUCUUCCUUUAUAGCUUAAGUGCUUGGCUCUCAAGGCUGGCUGGUUAGGUGACAUACGUAACAGGUGGCCAAACCAUUUUAUUCCUUGUUUUGCUACGAAAUGCUGACAGGACUCAGUGCCAAUAGCUGCUCUUACUUCUUCAU